AUGAAACAAGAAUUAGUUCUUAUUAGAGCAAGUAAUGAUUUAGAUGCUGUUUUGUUUAAAGAUGAUUUGGAGACCAAAGUAAUUACUGAUGAAACUCCAAUGAUCUCCUUCGAUAAAUUGUAUUGGAAAAUUCCACACAUAACAGUAGACAUACCUCAACAACUGGCAUUAUCAAAAAUACUAGAAUCUAACAAAGAAAUCUUUCUAGGAUUUAGAAGUUGGGAAAUUGUUGAAUAUUCGUCUAUAUCAGAAACAACUAGACAUACCUGGCCAGUGAAAACGACAAAUAAACUCGAAUCUCCUCGUCAUGUUGUAGUAGCCUUUCAAAUAGAUCGGAAAGGGCAAGUUAAAAAAGAUAUGAGUCAGUUUGAUGAUAUUGAUCUAACUAAUAUAAGAGUAUUUUUAAAUUCUGAACGUUAUCCUUAUCAUGAUUUGCACUUAAAUUUCAAAGACAAUAAUUUUUCUGCCUUAUAUGAAAUGUUUGCAAACUUCAGACAUUCCUAUUAUGGAAUUGCAACUGAGCCAGUGUUUAAUCCCACUGAUUUCAAAAAUAUUUCUCCCAUAACACACAUCGACUGUUCUCAUCAGAAAGAGUCAAUUCAAACAGGAUCUGUUGUCAUGAGAGUUGAAUUUGAAACAAGCACCAAUGUCAAAAAAGAUACUUCUGCAUACUGCCUGAUCCUUCAUGAUAAAAUAUUCAGCUAUAAUCCUCUAACCAAAAUAGUAAAGCAGCUAUAA